CAUGCUGAUUUACUAGAAUAGGGAAAAAAAAAGAACAAAUCAUGAUCAAUCCUCUGUAUUUAUAUGUUGGCUUGAUUUAUCAGGAACGUGAUGGUUACUGGAAGAUGAUGCAGAAGUAUAUAGGGUCUGAUGUUACAUCUAUGGUGACUCUUCCUGUGAUCAUUUUUGAACCUAUGACAAUGCUGCAGAAAAUGGCUGAGUUGAUGGAAUACUCGCAUCUGGUGGACAUGGCUGACAAAACUGAAGAUCCUUACAUGAGUAUGGUAUAUGCAUCAUCAUGGGCUAUCUCUGUGUAUUAUGCUUACCAGCGUACCUGGAAGCCGUUCAAUCCAAUUCUCGGUGAGACUUACGAGAUGACUAAUCAUAAUGGGAUCAAUUUUAUAGCUGAUCUGCAGGUUUGCCAUCACCCACCAAUGAGUGCUGGUCACGCAAAAAACGAGCAUUUCGCUUACGAUUGCACUUCAAAACUGAAAACGAAAUUCUUAUAGUUCAAUGGCUCUAUGUGCAGGACCCGACU